AUGAGCGCCCUCAAUGACAAGCUAUUGGCCACCUCUCAAGGGGAGGAGCUCAUUGAGACACUGCGAUCGCUUCCAUAUGAUGACCUGCUCCAUAUCAUCCCCUUGUUGCAACAUCUACAUGCACAUAUCGAGAGCGCUCCGGGCCAGUACGCAGCAGCUAGAGCCGGCAACUUCCUGAAGCUCGUCAAAUCGGCUCGCCUUCCUUCUAGCAUUCUCAGCGAAACACUGUAUGCAUGUCGUUCUGCGGACCCUGUCAAACCCGUGAAGGAUUCAUCGAACUACACGUCAACAAAAACGUAUCGCUUGGAUCAUAUUGCUUUUACGGAGCCAAAUUGGCCUAUAGAUGAAUUUAGGAGGUCGUUUGCCCAGUGGGAGGAGGAAUCAGGACAUCUGAUGAGCUACGAGCAGCUCAGAAACAAGGGCGCAGUUCUGGAAGGAGACGUGAACAUUAUAUCAAGAAGAAGUUCGGCAAUACGAAACGAGCACAUCUUAGUUACCGAGGCGAAUAUACGGUCGUGGGCGCCGACAACGAUGCGGUUGAUCACGCAGUUCUAUUUCAUGAAGAUGAAGGUGUACCCAAUGUCGCAGCCGGCUCGGGCCAUCCUAUUGUGGGAGGAUAAGAUAUUCGGAUCCCUACAGAACUUUUAUAUCACUUCCAGGAGACCCGUGCCGUACUUUGUGAGGAUGGAUCCGUACGUUCAUGGCGAAUUAUGCAAGAUCGAAGCUCAGUUCCGCAAGAGCAGGUUCCCUAUGCUGUUCAUUGUGACGGCCGGGUUGUCACCGGAACGGUUUGGGAUGAACAUGAAUGGGGACUCGGCAAGACAGGGGGCGCGGAGGACUUCAUGA